AUGGACGAGCUGAAUUCCAAUUGGGACCUCCAAGAAGAUGAUAACAUCAAGGAUAGCUAUGUCGCCGUGUCCACGUCGGAAAUUGACACUGCUGCACAACUUAUGGCAGAAGGUACCGUUGAGAUAGACCCGGUAAAAGUGGCCAGGGUGCGAAACAAAAUAGAUUGGCACAUCUUGCCCUUGAUGUGUACUCUAUAUUGGAUACAAUUCAUGGACAAGACAACGUUGGGUAGCGCAGCCAUCCUCGGUAUCAGGUAUGUCCAACUUGGUACUCUCUCACGAGCCGUAGUGCUUGGUACAAUCUUCUAUUUGAGCUAUCUUCUCUUCGAGUAUCCUCAGAACCUUGCACUCCAACGGUUCCCCGUCGGCAGGUGGAUGAGUAUCAACAUCUUCAUUUGGGGGAUUGCGCUGUGUGCACACGCAGCCUGCAACAAUUUUACCGGUCUGUUCCUCGUGCGCUCCAUCCUUGGCGCAUGCGAAGGCUCCAUAACCGCAGGCUUCAUGAUCGUCAGUUCAAUGUUUUACACGCGUAAUGAGCAGACGCUGCGUGUGGGCUACUGGUUCCUGAUGAACGGGACAGCACAGAUAAUAUCUGGGUUCAUCAGCUUUGGGACCCUACACAUCAAGACCGAGGGCUUUGAGCCCUGGCAAUGGUGUCUACCUCAUUGUAGGUUGAUGAGUAUUACAGGUGUUUUGACGCUGAUAACUGCGGUCGCAUUUUGGUCCGUGCUUCUCUUCCCUGACUCGCCCACAAAUGCGUGGUUCUUGACCAGAGAAGAACGUACAAUUGCUGUCAGACGCUUGAAGGAGAAUCAAACAGGCGUGGAAAACAAGCACUUCAAGAUCGAGCAGUUCAAUGAAGCCCUGCGCGAUCCUAAGACUUGGCUCUUUGCCCUCUUCUCUGCGCUCAACAACGUGCCCAAUAGCCUGACGAACCAGAACCAGAUUAUCGUCGCGUCAUUUGGCUUCACCUACCUCCAGACGACGCUCCUCGGCUGUGUCGACGGUAUCAUCGAAAUUGUCACGAUCUUUACGGGAGUGCACCUCGCCACGCGCCUGCGCGACGCGCGCGCGUACGUCGGCGCUCUGUACUUCAUUCCGAACCUGAUCGGUGUGCUCCUACUCAACGUAUUGCCGUGGAGCAACAGAAUAGGGCUUCUCUGUGCGAAUUGGCUCACUGGCGUGGGCACCACUGGAUUUGUCCUCUCGUUGUCGUGGCUGUCGAACGUCACCGCAGGGCACACCAAGCGUGUAACCGUCAACGCGAUCAUGCUCAUUGCAUACUGCAUCGGAAACGCAGCCGGCCCCUUUAUGUGGCAAGAGCGCUUCCGCCCACGGAACCGCGUCCCCUGGACGAUCAUUGGGCUUUGCUAUCUUACCUGCCCGAUCCUCAUGCUCGCAAUCCGACGCCGGCUCGCCGCUGAGAACGCACAGAGGGACAGAGAGCUGCCGGACGAAACAUACGACAGUGUGUACGUUAAAGUGGCAGGAACAGACGGGUCGCCCGUCAAGCGGAAAAUAGACAAGGAAUUUCUGGACAUGACCGACAUACAGAACCGUGAUUUCAGAUAUGUACUGUAA